CUGAAAAGUCUAGCCGAAUAUUACAUAUUCUUACACCGACGCUACCCCGCCAUCCACCCCUAUUUCCCCCUCGGCAAACUUCGCUUCUCUCGAAACGCCGACAUCUCCGACCACUCACUAAACUUUCCAUCUGAGCAGGAACCAUUACAAAUGAAACAUGCGUUGAGCUCACCCGUCACCCAAGAAUGCUAUAAGUUCUUGUGGGGAGGAAGUUGGGGUACGUUGCGGGGUCCGAGCGGUGUGUGCGGGGAAUCCUUGCUCGACUGUCAGACUUCUUUCAUGGUUGGUAUCCAAUCAUUCAGAGGGAAUUGGAGUCUUAACUUCAUGUCCACUAUCCGUAUUGUUGGCAGAUCUCGCGGAGUGCUCUUGGGGAAACGUGGAGAAACUUAAAUGUUAAGAUACCAUGCAUUCCUCAAAGUUCAGGCGCCAAAGAACUUUAUCCUUUCAAACUCUUGGCUUCAAGCUCGAUACACGUUGAUACUGCUCAAUAAUCAUCAUGGCAGUCGGAGCUAGAGCAAACGCCUACAACUUCGCAGUAACCUUCUUCGCCGCAUUCGGUUCCUUUACCUAUGGCUACAAUUCCGCAAUCAUGGGGUCGGUCAUCGGACUUCCCUCUUUCUUCCCAUACUUCAACAUUGACGAAUCGAGUUCCAAAGGAUCUUCCAUCACCGGAGCCAUCAACGGAGUCUAUUACGGUGGCGGUGCUCUAGGAUGCUGGACAAUUGCUUACCUUGCAGAUUAUUUUGGCCGAAGAAGAUGCAUUCAGAUCAUUUGCGUUGGAUGCAUCAUCUCGGCAGCACUGCAAGCAGGGAGUGUGCACAUUGCUAUGUUGUUAGUGGGGCGGUUGCUAAACGGAUUUUGCAUUGGCUUGAUCAACUCGAUCAUUCCAACAUAUCAGUCGGAGAUUGCCCCUGCUGCCCAACGAGGACGGUUGGUGGGAUCUCAUGGGUUUAUCAUUUGUAUUGGAUAUGCCAUGGCUGGCUGGGCUGGGUACGGCAGCUAUUUUGAGACAAAUCCCGCUAUUCAAUGGCGACUCGUUCUUGCUCUACAAGCUGUUGCACCCCUCUUGUUGCUGAUUGGUAGUCCUUGGCUCCCAGAAUCUCCACGUUGGCUGAUCAGCAGGGGUCAUGACGCCGAAGGGUUGAGGAUUCUCGAGAGGCUUCAUGCGCGGCCGGACGAUCCAUAUCAUAUCGCUGCAAGAGAAGAGUUCAUGCAAAUCCAUAAGCAAGUUGAGCUCGAGCGAGAUCAGAAAGUGCGGAAUCUGAUUCAGUUGCUCAUCCACCCAACAUACCGACGACGCAUGCUAUAUGGUUUCUUCUUCCAGUGCCUUGCUCAGAUGACGGGAGUUCUUGUCCUUCUGUACACGAAUCUCGGUCUUCAUGGAGCUGCACCUCUCGUUCUGUAUGCAUGCUUCAACACCUGGGCCUCCUUCUGCAACUGGGUCAACUCCAUGAUACUGGAUCGCUUCGGGCGGAUCAGAAUUAUGGCCAUCGGAGUGAUCGGAUGCGCAGUCUGUGUCACUAUCGAAGCUGCUAUGGUAGCAAGGUAUGCCAAUGGUGGGAGUAAGGCAGGGAAUGCGAUUGGCGUAUUGUUCAUCUAUCUAUUCGUUACCUUCUAUGGCGGGUGUGUAGAUGUGUCGAUGUAUGUUUAUUGUUCGGAGAUCUUUCCGACUCUCAUCCGAGCUCAAGGUGUUGGAUUCUCUAUCAGUGGACUCUUCGUUUCGGCUCUGCUCUUCACAGAGCUGGCACCGACAGCUUUCAACAAUAUUGGAUGGAUAUAUUACCUUGUCUUCAUCUUCCCACCACUCUUCGCUGUCGGAUUCUUCAUCAAGUAUUUCCCAGAGACCAAAGGCCUAGCGUUGGAAGAAGUUGGAGCAAAGUUUGGCGAUGAGGUUGCACUGGAUCUCACGCAUCUGACAGAAAAGGAGCGUGAAGAUCUGGACAGGAAAUUGGCUGAUAUCACCACGCUGACGGAAGUGAAUCAUCCUGCUAUUGUGCAGCAAGACGCAUGA